UUUUUCGUUGUGCAUGGAGGCUAAUAUAAUACAACAAAAAGAAAAAAAAAUGGGCUCAAAGCAAAUGAAUCUCAACAAGAUUUAUGAGUGCGCCAUCUGUUUGGAGAGGCACUCGCUCCGCUACUGCCGAAUCUUCUGCGGCAUGACGGUGGCAGAUAGGAGGGUGACCGUCCGUAACCACAAAUAUUGUAUGAACUGCCUGGCCCGGAGUCACGAGGUGGAGGACUGCCACUCAGCCGCCACCUGUCGAAAAUGCGGCUACCAGCACCAUACGAUGCUGCACCCACAAAUUCCGGUGCCUCCUACCGCCCUCACACCAGCAUAUGUAAGCCCCAAAGUUGCCAACCGCUACACGAAGAAAGCGACGACUGAAGCCACCCCCAGACGCAAGAAGUUGAGGACAAGAAGCCAACGACCAGAAAUCAAGCCGUCUGAGCUGCUGCAGAAACAGCUGCUCGCUGAGGCGCUGAAAUGUGUGGCAACAGUUAUCUGCGAAGAUGUUGCGUAGAUGCAAGGCCGGCGGCAUGGACAAUCCUGUCCUUAACAUUUGAUUUUAUAUUUUGUUUUUUGUUUUGAAUACUUGAAUUUAAUUGUACCAUUGAAUUAUAAUUGAAUUAAAUUGUUAAAUUGUACUUCCCAACUCUGAUUGUAAUAGAAUGCUAAAAGGCAUGUCAGUUUGUACUAAAGGAAUGAUAUGGAAUUAGAACAUUCCUGACUACAUGCCCUUUUUAGAAACUUACCAUCAAACACUUGGUCAUCAGCGUUCGAUCGGUAAGGUUUGAAGAUUCUAACUCCUCUUUUCAUCUCUUUCCCUAGCGUAACAUCUACCUAACCCACUAACCCUAUUUAAAUAAACUUACAUAUUAUAACGUUUUACUGAAACCAAA